AUGCGUGCACAUCACGAGCGAGUCUCGUGGUUGCCCUCACCCCCUCGAUCAACUGCGGAAGUGCUCGUGCUCCUGGCGGCUGUUGCUGCUUCGUUCAGCGUCGUAUCGGGGCAGCCAGCACCAUCGAAUAAUGACCUCGGGCGUCGACUGAGCGGUGCAUCAGGCAAUGAGGAUCAAACCGUGCCCUUCAACUCGUGGAACAACUGCAUUGAAACGCUUCGCUAUGGACUCGCCUUUGUCAUUGUACUCGUGGCUGCCCAUCCGCUUGGUGUGUUGUUCCCCAGGUACUUCAAGCUCCCGCUUAUUACGGGCUACCUCGUGAUCGGGAUCAUCGCGGGUCCGUUCGUUGCCAAUUUGCUCACCGAAGGGCUGGUGGAAAUGCUCUCGAACUACGUGAGUGCGCUGGCGCUGUCGUUCAUUUCGUUCCAAGCAGGCCAAGAAAUCUACUGGCCGGAACUACAACCCCAGCUCAAGUCCAUCAUGAUCCUUCUCGGUGCGCUGUACAUGACGGCAAUGAUCAUUCUCACGUCAGCGGUACUGAUUACAGAGAGUGCUUUCUUCUACAACGACCUGAUCUUCAACUGCCAAUUGGGGAUUGCACUCAUGUUUGGGUCCAUUUCCGUGCUGGGGUCGCCAGCAACGGUGAUGGCGAUCAAGAUCGAGCUCGACAGCGUGGGUCCUUUCACAAAUCUCAUGCUGGGGGCGACCAUGAUCGCUGAGUUUGUCGUGCUCGUGUCCUACUCGGUCUCACGUAUCGUGUGUUCCAUAUACUGUGCUGACCUACAAGUUUCUGUGGUCAACCUCAUGUUCACACUGAGCGUUGUCAUGUCAAACGUGUUAGUCGGCAUCGUGUUGGCAGGACUUACGUUCGCCAUAUUCCAGAUUCCGGGAGGUGAGCAUCACGAACACGACCAUCCUACGAACGACCACGAUGGGUUUAACGAAAGCCCGAGCGCUUCAAUGUACUGCGACCCAAAAACUGAUCCCAAAGCCUCAUACGUUGAGGACAGAACACCACAGGCAGCCAAUUGUGGCGCAGGAAAUGCCGACAACGGUGGAAGUGCCGAUGAUCGCUCCUCGUCUUUUUUGACCCCUCAGACUUCGCUCUGCUUGAAAGGGUUCAUUUGGUUGUCGAUGGGGUACAUCUUUUACAUUUCGACCAACAUCGUUGCCAAGACUACUGAUGUGGCCUUCGGUCUCUCGUGGGAAGUUAAAUUUGAGCCCCUACUUGUGCUCAUGGUCGCCGCAUGCAUUGCUGGACAUCACACGGCAAUUCGACACGACAUGCACGUCAUCCUGGACACGGCAGCACCAUAUAUGUUCUUGCCAUUCUUUGUCAUGACGGGCGCAUCGCUUAAGCUAGAUCAAGUGGUACAUGCUAUCCCGCUCAUGACUGUGUACGUGCUGUUGCGGUAUCUCGCAAUCUUUAUCGCUUGUUACGUCGGAGGUCGCUUUUUGCUGAAGUUACCACCAAGGCAGUUCAACAAUUUGUGGUUGACAAUGACACCGCAGGCUGGUGUGGCGCUUGGUCUGGCAAACGAGGUGAAGGUGUUGAGCGACGAUACGUGGGCAGCCGACUUUGCAGCCACGAUUGUUGCAGCAGUGGUAGUGAACCAGAUCGUAGGCCCGGUGUUGUGCGCAAUGGGACUGGGUCGUGCAGGUGAGACUUUGAAGGACCGCUUAGCUGACGAAGACGAAGGUAUAACACAAUCCGACGGCAAGGAUCUCGAGUCUGAAGAUGACAUCAGCUACGUAAGCAAAAAGCGCCAAAGUCAGUUAUCUGUCCGGUACAGUCUGAACAACAGACCAAGCAGGUUGUCGAUAAUUGACCAUGGAGAUUCGAAUAUGCCACCUCAAUUCUGCCAGGUGCAUAAUGCGGUCGUCAUUGGCGACGACGAAGUGGCUUUCGAGAUUGCUCUCGAACUCUCACUCUACGGUGCACGUGUCAACGUGCCCAUUUUGGACCAAGAACGCACUACGAAGUGGCAAAAGAUGAACGAGGCUAUCCUGCACCGCGCUGCAAAGGGAGACCUCAUCUCGUACAAGAACACACUCAAGAACCGGGACAACACGCAGGCCAUGUCAGCGGCAGAUGUGAUCAUCUUCACGGGUGACUCUAACCGCACGCGCGAGAACGUGCAGAUGUUGAAGUCGUUGCUAGGUGCAGCCCACCCGCGCAUGAUUGCAUUCGUGCCGGACUGCAAGUUCAGCAAGGAGAUGAAGGCGCAGGGAGUUUUGGUGAUCCAGCCGUCUAUUGCAUUGGCAAACAUUGCGACACGAAUGGCACUACUCGACGCAAAGUUGGCGGAGGCGCUGUCGAACGAGAUCAGUACGACAAGCGAUUUCAGUACGGCCUCGUACUUCUUAGGUGGCCACGGCGGAGAUUUGGCAGAUUUGCGUCUGGAAGGCCGUCGCAUGGCGCUUGGCCGAAAUGUGGUGAACCACCACUCGGUGGAAUAUGAUCUUCUGCUGGGGACGCUGGCUUCGGCACAUAUGCCGAUGCCCCCUCCGCCAUCCCGCGUUGCCAUGUUUGGUACGUCCGCGGCUAAUGUUGAUCCAUUUAGUGGUCGGGGCAACAGCAGAUCGAGCUUUUUUGUUGUACACGAUGGACCGGAAGAAAGAAUGUCGAAUAUGAUAGUACGUCCUUCUCGCCAAAGGAUUAGCAUUCCUUCCAUUUUGGGAUAA